UUCACGGUUCGAUUACGAGUCUGUCUUUUCCUACUGUUUGCUGUUCGCUAUUCACAUUGUUAAUCUGGUUGGCUACCAACCUCGAUAUAAUUAUAAAACAGAAGGUGACUUUUCUGUUCCUCGUGGUGCAUUUAAAUAUCACCACACCUCUGGGAGCCUCCACGUCUUCCACUUGCUUUGAGAGACACCCUAAAAAAUAUUCUCCAAAAGAACGGACGUCGAUAAUUCCUCGGCAAACACGACGCGUAAAGAGGAAAAGAAAGAAAAAAAGACGAUCAUCUCCAAUUAACCCCUCCCCCACUAAACAAUUUACCGACAAACAACAAACGACAUCAAGAUAGUUAGUUCUAUCUGUCAUAAUUGUGCUUUUUCCUCUGGUUGCAGCCAAUUUAAUCGACGGGUAGUCCUCUUGGAAAAGCUUUACGGGAUUGAUAUAAUUCGGUGACUAUGUCGGUUGGAGUCGAACAGCUAGUCGACUCGACGUCCGACUACGUGUCCGAGGAGGAGAUUCGCGCUCCUUCUAUUGCGCCGUCUCUUACGUAUUCUGAGGACUCUGAAGAUCAAGAUGAGCUUCAGGUACCAGAGGAGCCUCCCCGAAGGCGGCGUGCCUCGACCAGACUAAUUGCGCAGAGCCCGGCAGACGUGCAGAGAAUCACAGGCGAAUCUACACAGCAAUUGCUUAAUCGAUGCUGUGGUGGCGGUUGUUGCAUGAAUGCACAGAACAAAGAGCAGGGAAUCGAGUACGAACGAGUCCCGCUUCCCGACAAUGAUGCCUUUCGCUCUUUGGGCUUGAAGAUUGAUGAGAUACCUACUGUCUUAAUUAAGGUUGCGGACAUGCCGGAGCAGAUCACUUUCCUUCAGUCCAUUCGACGUGUCUCGGGCCCUCCAUCGCCAACCGACUCGGCUGUGUCUUUCAGCAGCCAAGCCAACUCUCCCACCAUCGAGACCAAACUCCAAAACCUCAGCCUCGAGAAUCUCGAUACUUCGAUACAACCCCCUUCCUUCGUCCAGCCGCACCAUCCUUUCAAUGUCUUCCCUGCCAAAAUUCACAGCACCCGUAAAUUGACGCGGCCUGGAGCCGAGAAACGCACGUAUCACUUCGAUCUUGACAUUACCGACUAUCCCCACGGAGAAGGCGUAGACUUCAAGGUCGGAGGUGCCAUUGGUGUCUCUGCGCCAAACGAUACGGCUGCUGUGGAUCAGGUUUUCGACUUGCUUUUAGUUCCGCGUUACUUGCGGGAUAAGCCCGUCCUGCUACGUACUACUCGUGGCCGAUGGCCCACUGUCUGGGGCGAGGAUCAGGCCCGCGAGUUGGUUACCACCCGGCGGGAUUUGCUUACGUGGUGCUCCGAUAUCCAGUCCUACCCACCCACCAAGUCUCUUUUGCGAGUUCUAGCUGAGCACGCUCUCGACCCCAACGAGAAGAAGAUCCUCAUGUUCCUCUGCUCGGGCCAGGGACAGGGAGUCUUUUGCGACUUCCGUACUGGCCCGCACAUCUCUCUUGCUCAGAUUUUGAGUGCUUUUCCUUCUGCUAAGCCACCUCUAGAUUUGUUGUUCUCGGUGCUCCAGCAGUUGAUGCCACGAUUUUACUCCCUUUCUAAUGACCCCCAUGAGUCCUAUGGGAUUCGUGAUGGAAAGCAGCACCGCCUUAUUGAGUUAGCCGUCACCAUUCAAGAGACGCCUGACUGGCGGGCGGGCUACCGAACGGGUGUCGGUUCUGGCUUCUUCGAACGCCAAUGCCGCAAAUUUUUGGAGCUCCAACGCGCAGGGGAAAGCGCUCCUCAGCUGUACGUCCCGAUGUUCAAGGGGCUUAUGGCGAACCCGCUAGCCAAGGAAUUCGUGUCUGAUGGUCCGAUGCUCCUUAUUGGGGCUGGCGUCGGCAUCGCGCCGUUCCGCGGCUUUGUUCAGCACCGCCUAAAGAAUGCUAACUGUGCCAACAAGGUAUGGGUACUUCAGGGCGUCCGAGAUUCUCUCGUGGAUGAGCUAUACGGUGGGGAGUGGGGUGUCCACGAGGAUAGAGUGAAGAAGGUUGUACAGAGCCGACGCGGCGAGAGUCGUUACGUCCAGGAUGAGGUCAGCCACCAAGCAGAUCUUGUAUGGUCCAUCAUCAACUCGGUUGACGGACGCGUCUUCGUUUGCGGUAGCUCCAAGGGCAUGGGCGAAGGUGUCGAGGAGGCGCUUAUUAAAGUGGCCGUGAAGAAGGGCAACUUGAAGUAUGACGAGGCAAAGAAAUUCUGGGAGUUGAAGAGAGACGUCGGACAGUACAUUACCGAGACGUGGUAAUGACAAUGACUCCAUUGGCUCUAUUGGUAGACUUGGGGGGGGAUGAGCUUA